UCAUGUAAACAAACAGGCCGUCGUAUGUUUUCGCUUUUCGGUCGGCGUUUAUGUGCCAUACAAUUUUCACUCAAAGUGCGCUGGUAAAAUGCUACCAAACGCAUCAUUACCAUCGAUAGUGAAUGAAGAGAUAAGUUUAGAAGGACUCGAAGGCAGUACGCUAGAUUCAUUAUGGAACCACAUCGCGAUCCGGCUGAAGCUGCCGAUGCCGCUGCCUCCGAAGCUGAUGAGCUCGGUCUGGUCGAUGGUUUUGCGCAAUCCCGAGUUUGAGUUCUAUUUGCUGCUGAACGAACGGAAACCUUUCGCGCACUUUAACCGGCUCGGUAACCUUGAUCCGGAAAAUGGCAUCGCUGUCCAUCCGAGUGAGUUUCCCGGCCAUCGGUUCGCGUACCGGCUGGUGGAAGCGAAUGGAGUGCGAGGAUCGUGCGAAGAAUACGACUCGCGCACACUUAUCCCCCGCGAUGAGCUACGCACCAUCAAUUGCUUCGAAGCGGAACUGAGAUAUGGUCGUAAAUUUGUCAUAGUAGCAUCGCAGCGUAUGCGUGAAUCGUUUCUGAUCGUUCCAAACUGUACCGCCGAACUGACCGGUAUGCAGUACUGCAUUCUCGAAUGGAUCGGCCGUUCCCGGUUCAGCGGGGAAACGUCGCACGGCAAAUACUCGCUGGUACAAAUUUCGGGCGAUUCCAGCUCACUGUUCUACCACCGCAAGGUGCUGAGUGCAGCAAAGCUGAUCACGCGCCAGAAUCUCUCGAUCCGGAUCGACGACACGAGCAUCCAGGGCAUGGUGUUUCAUCUGCCACGCUACUACACGGAGAUGAAAACGAAGCAGUUGCUCAUAGUGGAGCGCGUCGUCAGUGAGCUGAAGCGGCGCGAGCACUUUAUGGCGGAUUACGAAGAAAUCAAGCUGAUGGUGCUGAACAAACCGGAUGCCGGGAAGCUGUUUCGUUCGCCCGAAUUUCAGCGCUACAUCAAAAUGGACGAGGUGGUACCGUUUCGUACGCUGUACCCGGACGCACCGCAAAGCUCGUGGAUGACGAAACGCGGUGUCGAGAAGAUGAUUCGCGUGAUGCGGCUCAUCGAUCCAACCGCGGACGUGUACGAUGUGUGGGCCCGUGAAGGGGCCGAGGACGGUGGUGCCGAGGCAAAGGACGGCUUUCUGGCCAGUGCGGACAGUGACGCCAUUUACGCCGACGUGCCGCUGCUUCAGGUUGCCUACAAUGUGAUAGCGAACCACGGCGGGAAAGGCAUAUCGCAGUCGGAGAUGGCACAGGCGAUGGGAUUGGAUAAGCUAAACUCGCGCGCCGUUGUCAAAAAUCUGUCCAAGCUGAAAUGCAUCGAAAGCAUGACGGUGGACGAGGGCAGGCAGCGAACAUCCAAAUUUUUCAUCCCGGGCCACUCGCACCGGUCGGCCGUAUUCGAGAAGGAAGUUUCACAGUUCGUCUCGAACCAGAUGAACGUGAUCGAAAGCCAGCAAGCGCAGAUUGCUGCCAUCAAGAACGUAAUGGCACAGGAACCGGCGGCCACCCGACAGCACAACAGUGAACCCGUCUCCGAUGCGAGCAUGGUCAGUGAGACUCUCGGGAGUUCCCUGCUCGGGAACGAGUCCAUGCUGCUUGUGGCCGAACGGAACGCGUUCGACAGUACGCUGCACGACAACUUCAUCACCGAGGUCGUACUGUCCGACAAGCUGAUACAGAAGAAAGCGCAAAAACGGAUCUCGACGGCCGUGCUCACGAAGUCCAUCAGCGAGAAGGUGCUGCAGCGCUGCAACUUUAUCAUCGAUCUCGUGAAGCAAGAGGAAGCGAUCGAACCGCAGGCCAUACUGAAAAGCUUGAAGCAGACGGAGAUGAAGGUGGGCAACCAGUAUACGGCCUGCAGCAAAUCGUUAAUGCGGCUGAUCGAUCGGCUCUCCGCCGACCGGAUGGUCCAGUUUGCUCACGUCAAACUGUGGCGCGACGAUCGCGAGUACCGGUACGUGUACGUGUGCGAUCCGAAGAUAACGGUCGAUCAUCCCGCGCUACUGUCGAAGAUGGCGAUGGCAAAGUCGCGCAUCGUGCUGCAGCAAACGCAGCUGAAAGGAGCCCCAGACGGAGGGACGGUGGCGCGCGAACCGACCAAGCUACGCGGCUACCAUGGCUGCCUGCCCAAGUGUCCGCGCAUGAAGCUGUACCACGAGUAUUUGUUCUACACGGCCCACGUACAACCGAGGGAUUCGCGCGAGCUGGACGUCACGGAGCUGAAGUCGAUCGAUCUGGACGGCGUGGACGUGCACGAACUGUCGCCGAUCUACAGCGAUACGAACGAUUGGAAGAUGUUCAUCCCACCGCUAAACCUGUACGACGGGUACGGGUCCGGCUGGGUGCUGCUGAUCGAUGUGGUCAUUCGCAUGCCGAUCUACGUGUUCUGCUCGAUCUGUGCCUACUCGUUCUACACGCCGGCGCUCGACUACUACCUCAACCAUCCGAUCCGAAAGUACACGCUGCUGAAGCAUCUGCCCGACCCGAUACGGAUGCAGUUGCUGCAGAAGCGGCGCUACAUUUACGCCAUCCUGGACGUGACCAAGCUGCUGUGCUACGCGGGCCUGCUGCAGAUGGGACCGCAGCUCCGCAAAACGCGUGACCAGACGUACGUGUACGUGAACCAGUACGCUUGCCUGCUGGACACGACGGGGUCGAAGGACGGCUAUCACGAGAUCGAGGCACGCAAAUACCCGCGGAUACAGUUCCGCCUCGAAACGAUGGAGGACGUGAAGGAGUAUUGGGAUAAGCUGUACGAUAUCGCGAUGUCGACGCGGCUCAAUUCGCGCAACACGGCCAUCGGGCGGGUCGUGUGUGUGCAGCACGUCCACUCGAAACCGGCCAUGGUGGAUGCGCUCCGCGUGCAAACGGAAGAAACGGCCGCCCUUAACGAUCGACCCGGAAAGUUGCCGCCGGGCGAUGAAAAGGGUGCCGCCGGGUUCGACAAGGCAAUGUUUAUGCACCUCAAGCCGAACUGGCAGAAGAUGCUGAACACCUCGCAGUACCGACACCGCAUCGACAAACACCGGCUGAAGGUUGUGCGCCGGUCGCUGAAGAUGAAGAAAAAGCAAACCGAAAACGCCCCCGCGGUCGACGACAAUGGGGCGGAGCAGCCAGCCGUACCGUCGGCUACUAGCGUCAUGCCAGCGGUACCGCGGAAGUACGUUCGCAAGAAGCAGAUCCGGAAGCGCGUCGUUAAGCCACGCAAACUGACGCUCCGCCGGUGGCGCGAGGGCUGCGACGAGGUGGACAAGCGAGCGCUCAAGAAGAUGUCCAACCUGCGCGUCAAGUGGUCGCGGGCCGAGGAUCAAAUACUGGUGAUGUGCCGGGUGGCGCAGCUCUACCUGUACUCGACGCACAGCGUCACCUGCCCGGUGAACUCGUCCACCUUCCGCGAUGUGCUGCACUGGGCGAAUGUGCGGUCGGCGUGCAAAACGUCGCGCGCCUGCCAGCGACGCGUGCUCUACAUGGUGAAGAAGGUGCCGGGAGUGGCGGACACGAUACGCACCUGUCUGGAGGAGACGAAGCAGAACCCACUGAUAGCGGACCGCUUCGGACCGGGCUUCGCCAAGAAGCUGCGGGAACGGUUCGAAGACGUGGAGGACUACAUGGUCGCGGCACGCAUUCACUUCGUGCAGCUCGUGCACAUGGUCCGGCAGUUUUGUUCGAAUCUUAUCCCCGGCAGCAUUGAGGCGGGAACGGGUAGUGGGCAUGCGAGAGCGCGAGUACGUGCCAUCACCACGGAGGAUGCACGAUCGCACGAGGCGUCCCUGUUCUUCCUGCCCGAUACGGUCGACGAGCUGUACCGGCGGUUCAACGUUACCGACACAAGCAGCACCGGCAAGCAGCUAAACUAUGCCACCGAUCCGGCCACGCUGCAGGAGCUGCAGAUGUACAAGCUUACGAUACUGAUGCACAGUGCCGUGACUUACGGGCGCACGACCGAACCGCUGCAGAACGUGUACCGGGAGUACUCGGAAAGCAUCCUGACCGGUGCGAUGCGGCUCAUGCGCAGCUACCACCUGGUAUCGCUGAACAAGAAGCUGAAGGGCGUCGGGACCAAGCUGCUCGUGACGCACACCCCGGCAACGGACGAUCGCGAGCUCUACCACGUGUCGAUCCACUACCAGCAGCAGCUGAUGACGUCCCUGCCCUUCGACCUCUUCGUGCCCAUCUUUUGCCAGUACAUGCAGCUGCUCGAUCGCGACCGCUACGACGAGCUGUACGCGUACGACGACGAUGCACAGGGGCUGGUGCUGCUGCUGAGCGAACUGCUCACCAUGGGCCGGGUCGAUGUGCACAUCGAUCAGGGGUCCGACUACAUCAAGGUGCGAGCCGACACGAAGGAAACGGUCCCGUUCUAUUCGGACGUGUUGGCCGAACGGGACACCCCCGGAUCGGGACCGGAUGAAGCGACGAGCGUCAGCACGGGGAAGGUGCCGAACAAGCCGGGCGGGUGUCCUCCCUUUAAAGCACCGACCGAGAAGCCGGUGACGGGCAGGAAGCUGCGGUUCGCACCGCAAAUGGACGUUACCUCCCAGUACGUGGCACAUCCGGUCGAGCAGCUGCUGAAGCUGCCGAUCGAGUACUUUCACUUCUUCUGUCUGCUCGAGCAGCUGCACGUGCCGGACCGGCGGUUAAUCGUGCAGACGUUCAAAAUCGACGAAAGCCAACCGGCCACCUGUUCGCUGCCGAGCUGCGUCUGCUCGAUGGUGCGGGCGGGGACCGGCAACGCCGGCGAUCUGAUCGGUCGCUGCCUUUCGACGGUACGCCGGCGGCACGAGCUGUUCGCACGCGUCAAGCAGCACGGGACGGAUCGGUCGAACCGCUCGAAAGCCCGGGUAGACGCGGCGAUGAUGUUCGAGGUGCGGGAAGAGAAUUUGCUGCCCUUCUUCAACAAAUACAUGGCCGACUUUCGGAAGCGGUGGACGGAAAAGCAGAAGCGUGACGUGAACCGGCACAGCCAAACGCUGCAGGUCCUGGUGCGAAGCAUCACCAACAUGGUGGAAUUGGUCGACGAAUGUUUGCGCUUCGACGAAGAGACGCCCGAGUACAAUUGGCUCGAUCGGUACGAGAUGGCGAACGUGGUCGAGGACGAGGAUGGCGGUGAAUCGGAGCCGGGUGACGCGCGUGCGGGCGAGAGCCUUAAGGCGCUGAGCGAGAAGGUGUUCAAGCUCCACAACUUCUACGAAGUGCUGAUCCGGAAGGUACACAUUCGCAUGAAGACGGCUUCGAUCGUCGAACGGCACGGGCCGAGUGCUCUCGCCGAUCGGGAAGCCUACGAUCAGUGGAACGUGCCACGAUGCUUCCUGCCGGACGGAGCGAAACGGCGCCGGGAGCUGCUGCUGAAGCUGACCAGCGAUGCACUGUGGCCCGCCAUGGAACAGCUCGAACGGCCGCUGCACGAGGCGAUGGCGGUCAUCGAGCGUAAUGCAAACGCGAGCGCCCUGCUAGCGUACAUCGAGUCCAGGCAGCGGUUGGGCGUGAGUGUGCUCGAGCUGGCUGAAAAGUUCCCCAACCAUGCGCAGCUAAAGCAACACCUGCAGGCGUUGUGCGGGUUCAAGCUGCUGCUGCGUACCGGGUUCCGUUCCAUUACCUACGUGCACUGGCAGUAUGUGGAAGAGUGGCUAACGAAGGCACCGGUGCCGGAAACGAAACCGGAACCGAACGCCGAAACUAGCAGCAGCAGCGGAAAGCGAAAAGGAACCGCGCUCGGGGAUGUGGACGAGCGUGCGGCUAAGCGGGCGAAAACAGGUACAACCGAAGAGCACCGACCGGACGACUCGGAUGGCAGCUUCCUCCCGUCGAAUAGGCAGCAGCGAAAGUAUAUGCUUCUUGCGAUGGCACCCUGGUUGAGAAUCGAUGGCAUAAUCAACAAGCGGCUGCUGUUCCGCUGGCUUACCUCGAUCCUGCUGUACUGUGUGGCCCAUCCGGGUGUACCGCUGAGCGUCCUGUUUGUGCGAUACAACAUGAUGGCACCGUUCCAUUUGCGACAGCUGCUGGAGAUGCUACAACAUUACGGCUGCAUUACGCUCCAUUCCAUGCAAUGCACUGUAAAGAAGACGAUUUUCUCCGCUUAUUCACCGGCCACCGUUGUGCCGCCAACGGAAUUUCUGCCCGACGAGCAAACCUUCGUAGAGGUGGCACCGGAUGCACUCAGCACGCUGUCGCUCUGCAUUGGCGAGAACCGCAAGUACGUGCACGACAUCUUCGAUCCUGUGCGUAAAAACACGUAAGCUUUUGGGGGACGGGAGGUUGGUGUGUAUUUAAUUGCAGUAUCACAAUACAUAGAAUAGUUUGGUACGUUUGGGCUUGCUUCUCGAGCACUCAAA